UGGCAUGGGCCGUCUAAGAGCUUCCGGUUUUAUUAUAGAGGCAGUUUAACAUGUCAUGCUGGGUUAGUUUGCUACCUCGUAUUUCAUUUUCUUAUUGUCAACAAUUUUUUCUUGAUUUUUAGUGUUUGCUUGAAUUAUAGUAAAGUAUAUAGACUUAACCAUUUGACAAAUAUUUAUGUUUUAAUAGCUAGCUUGCGAUUGAACAGUCUGUGAUUGCCCGAUUUUUGGUUUGUAUCUUGCAUAAACUGUAUCUGCACACUUGCCUGCGCUGUCUGCAAACUCUAUCGUUCACGGACACCCGAAAAUCUAACCCUAACGCCUUGGUAAGUAAUAAUGUUUCAAGGCUGAAGAUGGGUGGCAGUGGAUCCAAGAGGGGUUAUUGGCCUUUUGCCGGUUCAGGUACCGGCUCCGAUGCGACCAAAGAUAGAAAUGCUCUGGCCCGGCCCCGAGAUUUCCGAAAUGCGACACCGUUCGUGUUUACUAGGAGAAGUUCUUUGUACUACGAUGAGGACGGAGACUUGGCCCACGAGUUUUAUGAGGAGACCAUAGUGAUGAAAAACGGACGCAAAAGGGCCAAAUUAAAGAAAGUUGAGAAGAAUCUAAUACCACAGGGCAUCGUAAAGCUGGAGCCCCCUUGCAUCCACGUAGAUUUCCCCGUCGUCCUCUGCGAGAUCUGACAGAGCCCAGGGCAUUCCAGGACGCUGUGUCGAGCUUGCCCUCGCCAUCCACCCUCCCACCCAACCUCCCACCCUCACCAUGGGACCCCCUCUGUCUGUGUGCGACCUUCCAAUACACCCCCUCUGUGAGCUGGAGUCCACACAACUGGCCUGAUCCAGGUGCUGUGAUCCCAUCCGGGAUGGCAGCGGACCAGAGGAAUCUCAGCGGAAGAGAGUGUAGCUUCACAGGGUGGUUUGGAAGUGGAGUCUGGGAUGGUUCCCUGUCACUGGCCUGGAAAACCACCUCUCUGUGAACCAUCUACAAUGCAACCCUCUCUGCGGUGUGGCAGGCGAUGUCUGCUUCAGAGUCAGAGUGGAUCAUGGGAGGAUAAAAGGCUUAAUGUGGACGACCUGUUUGUGGGUGCGUGGGUGGGGGGGAGAGAGAUGCUGUACUACGACCUGAGGCGGGGGUGGGCUUAGCUUCGCUGUGUGUGCUUUUCAUUGUUAUGGAUGUGUUAAGCUGAGACACAGAUUGUUCACAAUCCAGUUUGUGUUUAGGUGUCAAAUGAUUGGUAAAAAUUAGACAUCAAAUGGGGAAAAAAUACGCUUCUCUGUUUCUGCUGUGCAUGGAAAGGUUUUUUGUUUAAGACAGUGGUGGCCAGUAGGUGUCAGUUAUGUUAAACCUGGAAAACCUACCAUACCUCUGUCCAGAUCCACAGAGUAGCUGUAAGUUCACAUGGAAUAUUUUGUUUUCUCAUGGCAAUAUGAGGUUUAUUUUAGUAUUAAUUAAUCACUGUUGGUUUUUUUUUUUUUAAAUAUAAAAUACUGG